CUUCCCUGUCUCUCGCUGUGCACAGCUUUGCUUCUGGGGCUGGAUAUCUGAUCCCUUCCACCAUGAGCUGCAGCAUCAAGAGAACAUCCAGCACCUCGUACCGGAGCGGAGAAGGAGGAGGAGGAGGCGGUUGUGGAGGCAGCAGCGGCCGGAGCUCCUCGUGUCCGCGGCGCUACGCCUCUCCGUGGUCGGCGGCCAGCUACGGCGGGGCAGCGUGGCGGGGCUACGGGGGCGGCCUGAGCGGGGCCGGCCUGGUUGGGGGCUAUGGGGGGGGCUUUUCGGGGGGCUUCUGUGCAGGGGGGGACCUGCUCCUGGGCGGCAAUGAGAAGGUCACCAUGCAGAACCUCAACGACCGCCUGGCCAGUUACCUGGACAAGGUGCGAAGGCUGGAGGAGGAGAACGCUCAGUUCGAGCACCACAUCCGCGAGUGGUACAGGAAACAAGCUCCCAGCGUUUCCAAGGACUACAGCUCCUACUACCAGACCAUUGAACAACUCCAGAAUCAGAUCAUUUCUGCCACUGUGGACAACAACAGGCUGCUGCUGGACAUCGACAACAGCAAGAUGACUGCCGAGGACUUCCGAAUGAAGUAUGAGAAUGAGCUGGUCAUCCGUCAGACCGUGGAGGCUGACAUCAAUGGCUUGAGAAAUCUCAUGGAUGACCUGACUCUGGUUAGAUCUUCCCUGGAAUCUGAGCUGGAGUCCUUGAAGGAUGAGCUGAUUGCCCUGAAGAGAAACCAUGAGGAGGAAAUGAGGCUGCUCCAGUCUCAGACUGGUGGGGAUGUGAGUGUGGAGGUCAAUGCUGCCCCUGGAGAGGACUUGACAAAGAUCCUGAAUGACCUGAGAAGUGAAUACGAGCAGAUCAUCGACAGGAACCGCAGGGAGGUGGAGCAGUGGUAUGAAGUCAAGAUCGAAGAAGUCAAUCGCCAGGUCACCUCCAGCAGCCAGGACAUGCAGAGCAGCAGCCACCAGCUCACGGAGCUGCGGCGCGAGAUGCAGAACCUGGAGAUCGAGCUGCAGGCGCAGCUCAGCACGAAAAACUCUCUGGAGAACUCCUUGGCAGAAACCGAGACUCGCUACGGCUGCCUGCUGCAACAGAUCCAGGCGCAGAUCCACUCUGUGGAGGAGGAGCUGGCCAGCAUCCGCUGUGAGAUGGAGGGUCAGAGCCAGGAGUACAAGAUGCUGCUGGGCAUCAAGACCCGCCUGGAGCAGGAGAUCCAGCAGUACCGGGCGCUGCUGCAGGAGGGCCAGCAGGACCUUGUUGCCUCCCAAGGUGCCUUCCAAGGAGGUGGAAAAUCCUCCCAGUCAUAUUCUGCUUCCUACUCCCAUUCCCAGUGUGGGGACAUGGCAGGGCAGUCAAGAGUGUGUUAG